AUGCGGCUUGGCCAGCGCGCCUGCAUGGCGGAGCCCCUGUGCAGCGGCGUGGAGUACUCCGAGGGCCGCUGCGAGGUGUGGACCAGGGUGGGUGGGAUCCGGGCCACCCGCGCCCUGGCGAACUUCCGCUGCCUGCGCUACGAGCCGCCCGGGGCCUCUGCCUUGCAGCCGCAAGACGGAGCAGGCGGAGUGGACCGCGUCUGCCGCGGGACGAGUGCCACGGACAACUCCCCGUCCUACAUGACAGAGAUGGAGGCCGACAGCCUCUUUGAGUGCAAGGCCCUCUGCCUCAAGGAUCCGGAGUGCAAGGGCAUCGAGUUCGCGCCACACCUCCGUCGAUGCGAGGUGUGGAACCGAUAUCCGAGCCACACCCAGAUGGUCUCGGGCUUUGUCUGCCUGGCUCGGGCCCCGGAGCCGUUUCAGCCACUGCUGGGCGACGGCAGCGACCAGGCCUGCAGGGGGGCUCACAGCAACGACAACUCCCAGGCUUACUACACCGUGCUCCCGGAACCGAGCUUGGAUGCCUGCAUCUGGUCCUGCCUGGCCAACGACGAUUGCAAAGGCGUCGAGUUCUCCCGGGGGCGCUGUGAGGUGUGGACCCGGGCCGAGGGUAUCCAGGCCACCAUUUCACUGAAAGGCUUCACGUGCCUCCGGCGUCCCACGGCGCCUGCCUUGGCGUCGCUGGGAUCCAGGAAGUCUCGGCACCAGCGCUUUUUGGGCCCCGCGUUUCUGCAGGCUGGGUCCAGGGUUUAG